AUUUCAAUAUAGAUUUGAGAAAGCAUUCUUCAGGAUUGCAUCAGUAGUGUACUGCGAAAGCGAGAAACAAUGAGCUCGAAAUAUCUAUUGCUUUGUAUUUUUAUCAUAUGCCCUUUAUUCCUCUCAUCAUCGAUAUGUUUCACCUUCGACUCUGGAGAGGAAUAUCUCAUAAGUCCCUUCGCCCGUUCUCAUCCUCUCAGACGAUAUGGCAAUAAUGGUCGUGGUUAUUAUCCUAAUAACCAUUGGAAGAGCGGCCGGUACCAGAGCUCCUCCUUUUGGAACUUCGCGAGAGGCCGGCGAAGCCAUGGUUACUGGCACCCUGCCGGUAGUGACUCCAUUACGCUUGGUUGGCCUUUUCACAGUUCAGCAAAGGCUAAUGCCCAUCUCGGGCUGGUGAAGGUGGACGAAUAUGGAGCUAAGGGAGAUGGUAGAACCGAUGACACUGAGGCAUUCAAGAAAGCUUGGAAGGUGGCUUGCUCCUCAGAGAGAGGAGUUUUCGUAGUGCCCAACAACGGGAUUUAUCAUCUUAAGCCCAUCACAUUCUCGGGACCCUGUCAAUCUGGUUUCAAAGUGAAGAUCUAUGGAAAAAUCAGAGCUUCUAAGGAUCCAUCGGACUAUGAAAGAGACACCACGCAGUGGCUCGUGUUCGAAAAUUUGGAUGACUUGCGAGUAGAAGGGGGUGGCUCCAUCAAUGGCAACGGAAAGAAUUGGUGGUCAAAAUCCUGCAAAGUUGACACCUCCCAGCCCUGCAAGACAGCACCAACAGCCGUGACAUUCCACAAUUGCAACAACUUGAGAGUAGCUGACCUGACAAUAAAGGACGCGCAACAAAUGCACUUGACAUUCCGAAAUUGCGAGAAUGUGAGAGCGACGAACCUCCGAGUAAUCGCACCAGAGAGCAGUCCCAACACUGACGGGAUUCAUGUCGUGGGGACGCAGAAUAUCCUGAUAGACAACAGUCUCAUUCAAACAGGAGACGACUGCGUAUCCAUCGUGAGUGGGUCGAGGCAUGUAGAAGCCACGAAUAUCGAAUGUGGACCAGGCCAUGGCAUAAGUAUUGGAAGCUUGGGAGCUGAUAAUUCCGAAGAUUAUGUCUCGGACGUCUACGUGCAUGGAGCAAAACUCUCCGGAACCACCAAUGGUGUGAGAAUAAAGACUUGGCAGGGAGGGUCGGGGUACGCGAAGAACAUUAAGUUUCAGGACAUCGUGAUGACCAACGUGACGAACCCCAUCAUCAUAGACCAGAACUACUGCGAUGGGGAGGAGCAUUGUCAUGAACAGGGAUCGGCGGUGCAAGUCAGCAAUGUGGUGUACCAGAACAUUAGAGGGACCAGCGCUACGGAGAUUGCCAUGAAGUUUGACUGCAGUAAGACCCACCCCUGUCAGGAAAUCUCACUGCGAGGCAUCAAUCUCCGGACUCAAUUAAGGGACAAAGCCGAGGCCUCGUGCGUUAAUGUCGAGCUUCAGGAUGAGAGGAUGGUCUCCCCAAAUUGCCCUUGACGAACAAUAAAAAUUACAAGGGGAUUAAAUUAUAUCGGUAAUAUGUUGCUAAGUAUUGUAGUUUUUCCUCUAUAAGUUUGGGGAGAAUUGAUGCAGCCACUGAUAUAUGUGGUUCAUCUAUAUGGUUGUAAGUUAUUCAAGUAUUAUCUCAAGUAUCAAUCAUAUGUACGUUCUUAGAUAAUAAAGUCGAUCCUUGUCCAUCAAGCUAGUGACUUGACUUGAGAUAAGGUCGACACCAAAAGGAGUGGUUUUGGCUUUUAGGCUUACGGAAAAAAUGAAAUUGAUGGAAACUUCUUGGCCGAAA